UCCACCACGUCCAUCUUCCUUUCUCUAGUCAUUACCCCCUCUUUACGUCACAACUUGUUGAUUGUGAAACACAAACAAACACCUUAACCAAACCAAACUGUGAUUGUGUUUGUGUUUGUGCGUGUGUGUCUUGCAAAAAACUCUCCACCUGUAAAGAAGACCAAGACAUUUUGCAAAGUCUUCACGCACACACGUCCUCCUUAUUACUCUUCUUCCUCUCUUCCUCCUUUGUUUUCUCCACCACCAAACAAAGCAAAACUCUGCAUGGCUUUUCCCCUCUUCACCUUGCUCUUCUUCCUUCUGAGCUCAGUUCAUGGCCGCUUUGUGGUGGAGAAGAACAGCAUCACCGUUCUGUCUCCCCACAAGCUCAGGGCCAAGCGUGAUGGCGCCAUAGGAAACUUUGGCCUUCCUAACUAUGGAGGAUACAUCAUAGGGUCACUUGUUUAUCCAGACAAAGACUCUCAUGGGUGCCACGAAUUUGAGGGUGAUAAGCCUUUCAAGUUUCGCUCUAAUCGCCCUACGAUUGUUCUCAUUGAUCGUGGAGAGUGUUACUUUGCCUUGAAGGUGUGGCAUGCCCAACUAGCGGGAGCUGCAGCAGUUUUAGUGACUGAUAGCAUAGAGGAGUCCCUAAUAACCAUGGAUUCUCCUGAGGAGAGCCUUGAUGCUGACGGCUACAUAGAGAAGAUUGUGAUUCCAUCAGCUCUGAUAGAGAAGUCCUUUGGUGAUGCUUUGAAGGAAGCUUUAAACAACAAAGAUGAAGUUUUGCUAAGAAUAGACUGGAGAGAGUCAAUGCCUCACCCUGAUGACAGGGUUGAGUAUGAGUUCUGGACUAACAGUAAUGACGAAUGUGGAGCUCGCUGCGAUGAGCAGAUGAAUUUUGUGAAGAAUUUCAAGGGUCAUGCUCAGAUUCUUGAGAGGGGUGGUUAUACCUUAUUUACUCCACACUAUAUUACUUGGUUUUGUCCAAGGCCUUUUGUUCAAAGCAGUCAGUGUAAGUCCCAAUGUAUAAACAAUGGAAGAUAUUGUGCGCCGGAUCCGGAGAAGGAUUUUGGAGAGGGAUAUCAAGGGAAGGAUGUGGUGUAUGAGAAUCUGAGGCAGCUUUGUGUCCAUAGAGUUGCGAACGAGAGCAGCCGUUCGUGGGUCUGGUGGGAUUAUGUGACAGAUUUCCAUGUCCGGUGUUCUAUGAAGGAGAAAAGAUACAGCAAAGAAUGUGCUGAAACUGUCAUGGAAUCAUUAGAUCUUCCAAUUGAGAAAAUUAAGAAAUGCAUGGGUGACCCUGAAGCAGAUGUUGAGAAUGAAGUGUUAAAGAAUGAGCAACAAGUCCAGGUUGGGAGAGGAUCUCGUGGUGAUGUCACUAUCUUGCCAACAUUGGUUAUAAAUAAUGUCCAAUAUAGAGGAAAAUUGGAGAGAACUUCUGUCCUGAAGGCUGUAUGUGCAGGAUUUAAGGAGAGUACUGAACCUCCAGUUUGUUUAAGUGGAGAUAUUGAGACUAAUGAGUGCCUUGAAAGAAAUGGAGGCUGCUGGCAAGACAAAAAUGCUAGCAUAAGUGCUUGCAAGGAUACUUUCAGGGGAAGAGUUUGUGAGUGCCCUGUCGUGAAUGGUGUUCAGUAUAGAGGUGAUGGUUAUGCAUCAUGUGAAGCUUUUGGACCUGCAAGGUGUUCUCUAAACCAUGGAGGUUGUUGGUCCGAAACUAGAGAUAAAUUAGCUUUCUCAGCUUGCUCAGAAUCAGUGGUAAAUGGCUGUAAGUGUCCAGUUGGGUUUCGCGGAGACGGUAUUAAUAAAUGUGAAGAUGUUGAUGAAUGUAAGGAAAAAAGUGCAUGUCAGUGUGAUGGCUGCAGCUGCAAGAACACUUGGGGCGGUUACGAUUGUAAGUGCAAAGGAGAUCUUCUAUACAUAAAGGACCAAGAUACUUGUAUUGAAAGAAGUGGAUCGAAAUCUGGACGGUUUCUUGCCUUUGUGGUCAUAGCAGUUGUUGUGGUGGCUGGUCUAGCUGGCUACAUAUUCUACAAAUACAGGCUCAGGACUUACAUGGACUCAGAGAUCAUGGCUAUCAUGUCGCAAUACAUGCCACUGGACCAGCAAAAUAAUGUAGUUCAUGCUGAAGCUCAGCCUUUACGACAAGGCGAGGUAUAAGAGAUAGGUCAAGGGAUUCUGUUUCACAGUUAAUCCACAUGAGAGAUGGAUUGUAAGCAUUGGCUAUAUGCAUUUCAAUCCAUUUGACAGGGAGGGAGGCUCUAGUACUUUACAGUAGGAAAAUUAUGUGAACGAUUUCAUACAUACAGAAAUUUCUUCAGAAAAUAACUCACAGUUUCCAGUUCCACAGUUUGUAAAUAGAACUGGUGAGAUGUAAAUGUAGACUUGAGAUAACAUUGAUACAAAAAGUUGCCGGUGCAAAUAAUACAUCACUCUGUCUCUUC